GGAAGCAGGAAGGGGAGCGGGCAGGGGGAUGGGGCCAGGGCCCCGGGGCAGCCCGGCUUCAGGUCUCCUCUCUCCUGGCCCCGUGGUGCUCUGUCCUGGGGGUGGUCAGGGACAUGGUGGUCCUGCGGGCUGGGCUCUGUCCUGGUCUCACUGAAGAGAUGAUCCAGCUUCUCAGGGCGAAUGACAUCAGGACAGUGGUGGAUUUCGUAUCAUCAGACCUAGAGGAUGUUGCCCAGAAGUGUUCUCUGUCUUACAAGGUGCUGGUUGCAGUGAGACGUGUGCUCCUGGCCCAGUUCUCUGCCUUCCCUGCCAAUGGAGCAGACCUCUAUGAGGAGCUCAAGAGCUCCACAGCCAUCCUGCCCACUGGGAGCCCAAGCCUGGACCAGCUGCUGGACUCCGGGCUGUACACGGGGGAAGUGACAGAGCUCAUGGGAGCGCCGGGCAGUGGGAAGACGCAGGUGUGCCUGGGCAUUGCGGGCAGCGUGUCUCUCGGCCUCAAGCAGCACGUCCUGUUUCUUGACUCCACGGGGGGGUUCACCGCCUCCCGUCUCUACCAGAUGCUUCGAGCCCGGGCAGAGGACGAGGAAGAACAGCUGGAGGCUCUGCAGCGGAUCCAGGUUGUCCGUGUGUUCGACGUCUAUGAAAUGCUGAGUGCCUUGCAGGAGCUGCGGGAUCGCCUCUCCCAGCAGGUCGUGAGCUCCGCGGGACCUUUCAAGAUUGUGGUGAUCGACUCGGUCUCGGCUGUGAUUUACCCGCUGCUGGGCGGCAAGCAGUCGGAGGGUUUGGCCAUCAUGAUGCAGCUGGCCAGGGAGCUGAAGACACUGGCCAGGGAGUUCAGCCUUGCUGUUGUGGUGACUAACCAGGUGACAAGGGACAGCAGCACCGGUCCACUGAAGCCAGCCCUCGGCCGUUCCUGGAGCUUCGUGCCCAGCACCCGGGUGUUGCUGGAGAGCAAAGAAGCCGCCUGGGAGAAAGCCACCACGCAGCGCAUCGCUUCCUUGGCAAAGUCACCCCGGCAGGUCAGGCUCCCCAGACCGGUCCCUCUGGUCAUGGAUAAGCAGCUGUGCGACUUGGAGCUGGCUUCGGAGCAGAGGGAGGGUCCUGGGGGUAGGGCAGGAUCAGGCCUCACUGGGUGACCCACGGCAACGGGAGAGGAGCAAAUGCAGCCUGGUUGUGUGCUAUGGAAGAGAAGAGCAUCUGUUCUCAACAGCCCGAGCUUGUAUUCGUAGGCAUGUUAAAUGAGUGGCACCACCUCCAAUCCAGGUCACCGUGUUCCUCGUGCUUGUCUCACUCUCCUGAUUGCGUAUGGGCAGAGAGGAUCCUGCGGAGCUGGCUCUGACACCUGCAGAGGUGACUUCAGCUUGAAUCCUGCCUACGUACGGGGCAGCACUGCCUCAGCCUCCUGGCUCCCAACCCACUCUGUGGCCUGAUCCAUGUGGGUUUGGAUGCGGUGGUGUGCUGGGCAGCAAAACGCAGCCUGGAUGUGCUAAAUAACGGUGUGUCUGGGGGUAUCUUGGAGCAAGGUGUUCCUUACUAAAAUGUAUUCUCUAUUUGUAUCUCUGUUCAGCAGAUCCAGUUAAAAUGAGGGCAUCAGCAGACAGUAGUCCUCAAGGGGAUGUAAUUGGGGAUUUUUGGCUCUGGGGCAGGUGAUGGAGCAAUGUGCAGGUUUGCUCGUGGAGUCCCAGCAAUGUGAGAUUAAGCUCCUCUCUGUUUCCCCUUGCAGCCAACAGGGAUACAGGUGGAGCUGGAUAUUGGAAAUGGUGAUGUGCAGGAGCCCAGCCCAGCAACACCCACACAGGGGCUGUGACACAGGCGGAAAAGCAAAUGUCAAGGUGCAAAAAAAAAAAAAAAAAAGAGAAGCACACUGAAAGUUUUACAGACUGCCUCUGAGUCCUGCAGUCCUGGGAGGGACCAACAUGCAGAAGCUUUUGUUCUGUGCUGGGGAGAAAAUGUUCCCCGGAGAUCUCCUUGCCUCAGCAGACGCAGCCCAUUGUGGCUGGGCUGUGUGGGCAGCACGACAACCAGAUCCUCUCCUCUGCUGCAGGCUUGGCUUCAGCCAGCAGAGCCAGCCCUGUCCUAAGGUGGUGGCUUGGGACCAGCUGGCAUGGCCCUGCACAAACCCGUAGAUCCUCGUGGUGGUUUUGUUCCCCCUAUAACUUGCUGCCCUCUGGUCCUGGAGCAGCCCACAGUCAUCUGGGUUUGGAGAUAAAACAAAGAUGUUGCACACUGCUGUGGUUGUUGAGAGCUGGAAUUCAAUUAAUGGUGACUGCUGUGAACUUAAUUAAAAUUUUGAGGUUUAGUCCCUAGCAGGAGUGGGGUGGGACAGGCUGUUGAUGAGUGACAGAACUGGAUGCUUGAUCUGAUCUUCUCCCCAGAGUAACCCCCAGCCCCCCAGGGAGCUGCUGGUAUUUUUGGGGCACUGCUGUGCUGCAUGAAGAAUUGCUGUUAACUGAUGGAGGCUAUGAUCUGGAUCAGCUGGGGUGGAUGAGUCCUGACUGAUACCAGCUGGCCCUGCCUGAUGCUCAAGGACCUGCUUAAUUGCAUGUGGUGAAGUUUAAAAUAAUCUCUCCUUGCUCCAGUGCUUUCCAGCUGCUCUCGCCUGCUCUGGGCAACCUCCUGGGUUGCCCCAGGGAUUGCAGCCUGGCUGGAGUGAGGAGGAGAAUUUUCCUGCCUGUUGGAGGCUGGUGCUGAUGUGGCUGGUCCUUACAAGCAGACCAUUUAGCUUAUGUCUCUUAAAGCUGUGAAUAAAGAGCUGGUACACACAAUUUUCAUCAA